AUGCCUGAGGCAAUGAUUGAGACAACUCCCAUUCUCCGCAAUGGUGGCCGCGGCAGAGGCCGUGGCCGCGGCAACUCCAAUGGCCGCAACACCAGCGCCAACAGGAACAACAACCAGCGCGAAGAUGAUGGCUCCCCCAGCAGGAAACGAACUGCCUUUGAUCCAUCCGCAAUCAACCCUCAGACAUACCGACCCGAUGCAACACAAAAGGAUUCACGCGUGGCCCCACUACAAGCCGCCCUGAAUUUCCUACAUGGCACCACUGCGACGCUCCAUGAGGCAUACCACCGUACCGUCAACAAAGUAGGAGAGGAAUUUAUCAAAGCCUUUGCGGCACACCAGCGCAACAAGGACACUCUCGACGGUAUGAUUGAUGGCAACAACCAAACCGGGGAAUUGACCCCGUCCAGGAUUCCGAAAUCAGUCGAUAUCAAAUUCGAACUGAAGGCUGGCAACCCAGCAAUGGAGAGCGAUGCGAGCUUCAAGCUCUCCAACAAGAAUCCACACAAGCUGUUGAACUCUACAAAAAAACCCAAGCAAAAAUUCUAUUCGAAAGAAACAACUGUACGUCCAAUAUGCUCAAAAGGGCCGUAG